GAGGCAACUGUGUACAUAAGCUUUGGGUCAUUUGUGUAUGUGUGUCUGCAUCGCGCUCUCUCUCCCUCUCUCUCGCUCUGAGUCAUAAGCCGGGGCUGCAAUACACACACACACAUCUCUGCACUGCAACUUUCACUCAAGCUGCAGCUCUGCUGAGACUGUUUUGUUUAAAUCAUGUGAGGCUUCAUUAUUUUUAUGAUGAGACAUGAAAUACAUGCAAGCGGAGGAUGCUGAGCGAAACCCAUCCAACUGUAUGUCUCGAGAAAUAGCAGUCAAAGUUAACAAUGAAUUGCAGCACCACCACCUCCUCCCCCCCCCCCCCCGUUAUUAUUGUUAUUAUUAUUCUUGCGUCUUCCAGAGCUUCUUGAAACGUGCUCUCAAUUACCAAGGGAGUAGGUUAAUUUCCCACUCCCCGGCUUUAAUCCACAAGCCUCCCCGUACAGCAGUUUAAUUUGCAACUGGUUCGGUGCAGGGUUAACCCUUUGGGCAGAGCGGAGGCAGGAGCGCGGCUGCUGCCGGGGUGGGGAGCCCGGGGCGGGGUGGGGGGGCCGGGGGAGGCGGCUGGGUCCGGGCUCCCGCAGCCCCCCUUGGACCGGCGGGAGGGAAGGGCAGCCAGGCUGCCGUUAUGAAAUAGUACUUAUGUCUGCGAUCCUGCCGGCUUUUUUUUUUUUCCACCCCUCUUUUUUUUCACACACCACCCCACUCCCCCCCCCUUCAUACCGAGCACGAUAUGGUAUGCUAACGCCGCAUGUGACAGUUUAAUCAAACCCAUUUGUUACAACAAAGCUAAGAGACCGCUGGGAUUAUAGGCUUACGGGCAGAGUUAGGGGAGCAUGUGGCUUUGUCGCUCGCCGUCGCCGUGCGCGGCCGGCGGCUCGGGGUGUGCCGCCCCCCACCCGUGUCCCCCGCCGUGUGUGUGUGUGUGUGUGUGUGUGUGUCCGUGUCCCCACCCGCGUCCCGCCUCCGCCCCGCCGGGCUGCGGCGCGCCGCGCUCCCGCUCACUUGACCCCAGCCGGGGAAGCACUUGCUACUUUUUGCCGGGAUUUGGUGCUUCAAUGAGAAGGAGCUCUCCGGGCGCCCGUAAAUCAACUCAUGCGGAAAAAGGAGAAAAGUUUUGGUAUACAAAUGCUCUCAGUCCAGCCAGACACCAAGCCGAAAGGUUGUGCUGGCUGCAACCGUAAGAUUAAAGACCGGUAUCUUCUAAAGGCCCUGGACAAAUAUUGGCAUGAAGACUGCCUGAAAUGUGCCUGCUGUGACUGUCGCCUGGGGGAGGUGGGCUCUACCUUGUACACCAAAGCCAACCUUAUCCUUUGUCGCAGAGACUAUCUAAGGUUAUUCGGCGUUACAGGAAACUGUGCUGCCUGCAGUAAGCUCAUACCUGCUUUUGAGAUGGUGAUGAGGGCAAAGGACAAUGUUUAUCACCUGGACUGUUUUGCAUGUCAACUUUGUAAUCAGAGAUUUUGCGUUGGAGACAAAUUUUUCCUGAAGAACAACAUGAUUCUGUGCCAGACAGACUAUGAGGAGGGUUUAAUGAAAGAAGGUUAUGCACCCCAGGUUCGCUGAUCUGAUGCCACAUCAUUAAGAAUACAAAGCACUAUGUUCUUUUAUCUUUUUUGCUCAACAUGUAUAUAAGAAAUGACACAGGAACCUACUGAAUAGCAUAGAUAUAGGGAGACAGAAUGGUUGCGUGAAAUAAAAGGCGGACUGCAUCUGUAUGUAGUGAAAAUUGCUCCAGUUCAGAGUUGAAUGUUAAUUAAAAAGGUACUGUACAUACAGCUGGAUUCUUUUUGCUUGCUCUUGGGGUUUUUGGUUUGUUUGGGUUUUUUUGUUUCUUUUUGUGUCAUUUGGCAUGAGACGUUUAUUUUGGACUAUUGUAUAUAAUGUAUUGUAAUAUUUGAAGCACAAAUGUAAUACAGUUUUAUUGUGUUACCAUUUGUGUUCCUGUUUGCUUCUUUGUAUUGUUGCAUUUAGUACAAUCAGUGUCUAAACUUACUGUAUAUUUAUGCUUUCUGUAUCUACCAGCUAUUUUAAAUGAGCUGUAUCUUUCUAGUAAAAAGCAUUAAAGAGCAAAUCCCAACCAUUAUGCUACA